CCCCAUCCGCCGUCAACGUGGUGGCACGGCAGCGUCCAACCAUUUCUUUCCCGCAGCGAAAACCUCUCCUCACCAGAUUGGACCACGUGCGCUCCCCACCUUUCUCUCGACCCUUCCAGUCACCGCCCUCUCCUCCCCCCACGUGUCCCCCCCUCUUAUUCCCACCCCUUCCACUCCCCGCCUCCUCAUUGGCCCGCUCCCGAACCCAUUCCCUCACCCCGGGCCCCACCUCCCCCCCAGUCACAUCUUUUAAUAAAUCCCCACCUCUCUUCCCAUUAUUCACAUUUCUCCGCCGUCAUGGAUCGGAGUGGAGGGUGUUGUAUUGCGCCGGCGGCGUCUGUUUACGACAUGUCCAAGGUGGAGUACAUUAUGCUGAGGUACCGCCCCAUCGCCCCUAAACCGGCCGCGCCUCCAUCCGUCUUCCCCGAGCCUUCGGUUCCGGAGACUCGGAGAGGUGCCCGGAGGAAGAGCCGCUCGAACGGAUCCGGAAAGUGCGGUAAGAAGACGAAGUCGGCGCCGGAGGCGGACUCGUGCUGCUCGUCGGUGUCUUGCAUCGAGAGGGACGCGCCGAGGGCUGUUACUCUGCCGGAGAAACCGGAGCGGAGGGGGUCUCCGGCGAGCGGGGUGAUGAUCGGGGAGGGGGGAGGGGGUCACGUGACCGGUCGCGUGCCGGCGUCUGGGGCGGUUGGGACGUGGGUGGUGGUGGAAGACGUGAGGGACGGCGUGUGGGGACCAGACGGUUGGGAUUCGGGGCGUACGGACAAGGAGCGGGUGAUGAAUCUGGCGCGCGACACGUGUCCGGGGUUCUUAUCGGACGGUCUCAACAGAGUGACGUGGGCGAACGCGGCUUACCGGGAGAUGGUGGGGCACAGCGGCGGGGCGGCGGUGGUGAUGGGGGAGGGCGUGGAGGUGCCGCCGAUCACGGCGGCGGAGUUCACGUGCAGGGUGAGGGUGGUCACGUGCGGCGGCAAGUGUAGGGUUCUGUGGUGCGAUGUGUGGAGAAUGGACGGCGGGGGGUUUGCAUGGCGGUUAGAUACGGAGGUGGCUCUAACAUUAGGGCUGGAUUACAAACACCCCAAACAAACGGCGUUACAAACGAACUGCUUUUAACGGAGUACCGUCAAUCUCUCCCCCUCUUUUCUACCGUCUCAUGAAAUGUUUUUUGUACUCCGGUGGCUUUUCAGAUCUGAAGUCUGGUUAACGGAGUUUCCACGUAUAUAUUUAUGCUGUAAUUAAUUAGUCAUUUGUAAUAAUACCUACGGAGUUUUUAAUUUCAAUUACAAAAAAAUAAUACUCCCUCCGUUCAUAACUAAGUUAUAUUCUUCGGUAAUUUGUAAAAUGAUUAUAUUUCUAAAUUGAUAUAUAAAUAAAAAAUGAAAUUAUGCAUUAAAAACUUACCUAAGGA